AUGAAAUCGUCUAAUUAGACUCAGAUUUAUAAAUCUGAUUUUCAAAUUCUAAAAGAGCAUCAUAAAUUCCUUAGAGAUGAUGAAAAAGAUAGCCAAAUUUAAUACAGUAAUCCCACUCAGGAGUAAUAUGGCGAGAUAUUAGCAAAAAAGUACUAUGAAAAGCUUUAUAAAGAGUAUGCAAUCAUUGAUUUAUCUAGAUAUGAAACAGGAUAGAUAGGCAUGAGAUGGCAGACUAAAGAUGAAGUUAUCAUUGGUAAAGGAAUUGUCAUCUGCUCAAAUAAAAAAUGCACCAACACUCAAAAUUUGGACAGUUAUGAAGUUAACUUUGCUUAUGUUGAAGAUAAUGAAAAAAAAAAUGCUCUAGUCAAGGUGAGGGUCUGCCAAGAAUGUGUGCUUAAACUGAAUUAUAAAAAAUAACACCAAAAAGUAGAAGAUAAAAAUUUUGAGCAUUCCAGUCUUACAAAUUAAUAGCAGUAGCCUAAUCAAAACAAUGAAUAAUCUGGUAAUUUAAAACAGCUGAAUGAAGUGCAAUAAAAUAAUCAGCAUGAUAAAAAACAAAAAAAAACUGAAAAUGAUCAUUUAGAUGUCCAAAGAAAAAUUAAAAAAGAUAAAAAGAAGAAGAAGAAACACAAACAUUCUAAAAAUGAUGAUGAAGAUGAAUGA